UUACGGUAUGCAAACUAGGGUUUUGUCUUUCUUAUUUUUAUCUGAGCUCCUCUUCCCUUCUUUUGCUUCUCUUCUGUUUUUGUAGCUUUUGCUUUCCUUUAGACCCAACCAGGUAAGGGUUAACGCCAAAGAGAGUGAAAAUGGUUGAGAAAACAAGGGGAAGAAAGGAAGAGGUGGUGACCAGAGAGUACACCAUCAACCUUCACAAGCGCCUCCAUGGCUGCACAUUCAAGAAGAAGGCUCCCAAGGCUAUAAAGGAGAUCAGGAAGUUUGCACAAAAAGCUAUGGGGACAAAGGAUGUGAGAGUUGAUGUCAAGCUGAACAAGCACAUAUGGAGCAGAGGGAUCCGAAGUGUCCCAAGAAGGAUUAGGGUGCGCAUAGCUCGCAGGAGAAAUGAUGAUGAAGAUGCAAAGGAGGAGCUCUACUCUCUUGUGACUGUUGCUGAAAUCCCAGCUGAAGGACUGAAGGGUUUGGGCACCAAGGUCAUUGAUGAUGAUGAGUAAUUUGUUGAUUUCUAGUUUAUGAAAACUUGCAUUUUGUUGACCAAGAAGUUUACAAUUGGGACUUGUGAGACAUACUAUUUACCUCAUAUAUUUGGUUUACUGCUGUUUAGACUUUUAAGCUUGGUGCCUAUUGGUUUUGGUUGUAGUAUGGGUAUUCUAGAGCUUUAUAAAAUGAUUCAAAUGAUGAA